UCCCCUGUCCCGCGUGUCCCCUGUCCCGCGUGUGUUUUAGUGAAGGACGUGUUUUGGUGUUUUUCAGUCGGGCGGGGAUCGAUGACUCUAAGAAGUGGGGGAUGAUGUUUCUGAGCAACCAGCUGUUCAAGAUCUACUUCAAGAUCAAUAAGCUGCACCUGUGUAAGCCUCUGAUCAGAGCCAUCGACAGCUCCAACCUGAAGAACGACUACAGCCCCGCCCAGAAGGUCACCUACAAGUACUACGUGGGCCGCAAGGCCAUGUUCGACAGCGACUUCAAACCAGCGGAGGAGUUCCUGUCCUUUGCCUUCCAUCACUGUCAUCGAUCCAGUCAGAAGAACAAGAGGAUGAUCCUCAUCUACCUGCUGCCCGUCAAGAUGCUGCUGGUCAGGAGCCCACUUUAACCAGUUUACACCAGUUUAACCACUGCACACCAGUUUACAC